AUGGCGAAGCUGCUUGAGGCCGUGAGAAUGCAGGCCACCGCAGCCGGCCUCAUCGCCGGCACGAUUGCUUUGUCAGUAUUUUUAUUUACCAGCUGGGGCAGCGUGGUGUCUGCUUUUGUUGUGUCCUUUUUUUUGGGUCCGUUGGCGUCACCAUCGUCGUCAGCUUUUUUUUCAGAGGCGGUGCUGCUUCUAUCAUGCGUGGAGACGAUAAAACAUGUCACUCUGGCGAACUACAUGUGCUUUGCGCUGCUGCUCAUGCUUGUCCUUCUGCUUAGUUCUGUGGAGGAGGCGCUCGUUGUCGUGAAGGAAUCACUGCAGAAGAAGGCAAAACUCCCCUCGACGGAGCUUCUUCGACAAAUGAACGGGAGCUACGAGCGUGCCUUUGCUGUUAGUGGUAGUGCUCACAAAAUGAAACAGCUGUGUGAUGGAGCGAAACGCCAAGGACAGAUGUGA